GCAAACAUGUGUUCCGGUUGAUAUUAGAUGGAUUUAGUUGAUGAUGCGGUCUUCCACAAAGUUUGAUCCAUCGAAGGCAUUUUUCAUACUGGGUCUUCGGUUUUGGAAAGGGUACGAAUCGAACUCCACCAACUCGCCUUUUAGGAUACCUGUCGUCACUAUUACAAAGUCCGUGACUACACCUCUUAACCAUAUUUUUUGUUAAAUAACCCAAAUACGCGAUAAAACGCUAACAAAACCUAUACUGGACCAUGUAAUGUUGUCUGAGAAAAUGGCGGGAGCAAAAAGGGGCUUUGGUUUAUGCAGAUCUCUGGCCUCUGAUUGGUCAGUGACGCGGACUGCGCAAUAUCCACGGAGGGGUCAAUUAUGAAAAUUUCAAGUGUUCAGCAGGGAUUCUUCUUCUUGCUGUUAAUUAAGAUGCAUCUCUUCCAGUAGAGCUCAGUGCUGCCUGUCAUUUUUUUGGCACAAUGUGGUACUACACGGCAGACACACAAGUCUAAAGUCAGGAAAUUAAAUAAAUUUUUUUUUUUUUAAGCGCUCCGAUUUUUAGGGACCAAAUUUCCUGUGAAAAACGUAAAAUUGUCUUAUUAGCCAAAGUAACUUCACAGUGGCUUUAAAAAAAAAAGUCAUGGCCGCAUUGGAGUUCAUGUCAAGUCAUUUGCUGGCAUGUCAAAACUUGUACCGGUUAAAAACAGUCAAAACAGCACAUUUACUUUUAGUCACUUCAUUACAAAAUACAAAGUUUAGGCUUGGAAGGGAUUCAAAGAAUGUAGCCAAGCAUCAGGAGAACAACAACGAGCUUCAGAACGAAAGCAAAGGAGAAGUCGACAUUAUCGAAAUCAUGUGGAUUCCACAAAGCGAGGGGCAGGAAGUCGUCCAUUUCAAAAAGUGAGAAAAUUUUGACAACACCGACAGGGAACACGAGACCCGAGGAAAGCAUCUUGUGACGUCGCCUAGCAACCGCCAAAUAAAAAGCACAAGGGUGUGAUGUCAGCGUCCCAACACGGAUGACAAACGCUGAGGGGUCACGUCCGAGCCCAGAGUGACAAAUGCUUGACAACCGUAACGGAACAAAAAGAGCAAAAGCAGAAGCCGGUGGGACCCAUUUGGAACCCAAUGACCUCAUUCGCAUUCAAUUGAGUAAUCUGCAGAUGAGCAUCAGCCGUUAUUGUGUCUUGCCGUGACUUUUUAUCUGCUAAAUGCCCGCAACUAAUAAUACAAACAACUACUACUACCGCAAUUACCACUACCAUUCCCACCACUACUAAAACUACUACUACCACCGCCCCUACCAACGAUACUGCUAGUACUACUGCUACUACUACUACCACUACCUCUAACAACAACAACACCGCUGCUACUCCUACGACUACCGCUACUGCUUGAAACGCCACUAGUACCACUACUUCUACUACCACGAAUACUACCCCCACCAAUAGUACUUCUACCACUACUACUUUUAUAACUAAUAGUCCUACUAUUAUCACGACUAGUAACAACACCACUUUUAAGAUUACUACUGCUCAUACUACCAACUGUACCAUGACUACUAUUACUACUUCUGCUGAUCCAACUGCCACUACUACAAAGACUGCCAGUACUAUUACUAAGAAUAGCACAAAUAUGACUACUACUACCACCCCUACCAAUUCUACUGCUAGUACUACCACUACUACUACUAACACUACCUCAAACAACACCACCACUACUACUCCUACUGCUCACAGUACCAUGACUACUAUUACUACUUCUGCUGAUCCGACAGCCACUCAUAUAAAAACAACCACUACUAUAACUACCAAUAGCACAAAUAUGACUACUACUACUACCACCGCCCCUACCAAUUCUACUGCUACUACUACCACUAUCUCUAACAACAACACCUCCACUGCUACUCCUACUACUUCUACUACCACUAAUACCACCACUACCCCAACCAAUACAACUACUACCGCUACGACUUUUACUACUACUACUAAUACUACCAAUAGCACUAGUGCUACUUCUGCUGAUCCAACUGCCACUACUACAAACACCACCACUACUAUUACUCCCAAUAGCACAAAUAUGACUACUAUUACCAGCACCAUCGCCACUGUCAAUGGCACUACGACCACUCCCCCCGUUGUUAUUACCACCAUCAUCACUCACUUUUUUUUUCUUUUUCCCCGUGUUGUGUGCUCAGUCCCAUUUUCAAACACCAGUUGCGGUGCAAUGCUGGAAGUGUCCGCGUGCGUGUGUACAGUUACACAUGAAAGGCCUCGGCGGUCCCUCCCGGCGUGA